GCCAGCUUCUUCAUAUCGAGGCAUUUUCUUGCCAUUAGCCUCUCUCCCAGCAGACGAAGGCAAAUCGCCAAACACCUUCCACCCACGGCCACACAGAGACAGAGAGAGAAACGGAGAUGGAGCAUUAUGAGCAGCAUGGCUUCUUGGAGGAGCUCUUGGCGGCUCAAAGGAGGAGCCACAGCCACCACCCAUUUGAGACCAACCCCACAGAGAUGAACGACCUCUUCUUCUCUAAUGCCUGGGCUUCUUCUCACCAUCCCUGCUUCGACGACAACCCGUCUUUCUUCUCUCCCUCUCAAGCCUUCUCCGUCUCUCCAUGCCUCGACCAAGAUGACCUCAGCAGCUUGUGCUUCCCAUCUGGCAAUGAGUACGCUUUCUUGCAGCAGCCCCACAUGAUAAGCGACUCGUCCUACAGCCCAGUCACCGGUCCGCAGUUCACCGACUCGUCCUACAGCCCGCGCGAGAUCGACGCCGGCGUUCAAGAAGAUCAGUUCCCGCUUCGUCCUCUGGUGGAGGAAGACGAACCGGAUCCUGCUCGGCUUCUGACGGUGACGGAUGAUUUCCAGGGCCUGUAUCUACAACAGGCGACUUGCAAGGUUGAGCCUGUAGUACAUCAGGAAUCUCCUGAAGCAGCAGCACCAGCAGCAGCUCCUCCUGGAGUGUUCAACAUGGGCGGUUCUUGUCUGGAAGGGAAGAGCAGGGCCAAGAAGGUGGAGGGCCAGCCUUCCAAGAACCUGAUGGCCGAGAGGAGGAGGAGGAAGCGGUUGAACGAUCGGCUCUCUAUGCUCCGAUCCAUCGUUCCCAAGAUAAGCAAGAUGGACAGGACAUCGAUUCUUGGAGACACGAUCGACUACGUCAAAGAACUCACUGUCAAGAUCAACAGUUUGCAACAAGAGAGCAAACUGGACUUGAAGCAGCUGAACGUGUUGGAGCCUCUCAAGGAGAUGAAGCCAAGUGAAGUGUCGGUCAGGAACUCACCACAGUUCGAAGUGGAGAGAAGAAAUGAGGACACAAGGAUUGAGAUUUGCUGUGCGGGGAAGCCAGGAUUGUUGCUAUCGACCAUAUCCACCAUGGAAGCACUAGGGCUUGAGAUUGAGCAGUGCGUUAUUAGCUGUUUCAGUGACUUUGCAAUCCAAGCUUCCUGUUCAGAGGGAUUGGAGCAGAGGAGUCUGGUCAGCUCUGAAGAUAUGAAGCAAGCUCUGUUCAGGAAUGCAGGGUAUGGAGGGAGGUGUUUGUGAUGGUGAAGGAUGCUCCUGGUUUUAGUAAUUGAAAAAUGAGUUUUGGGAAUGUGAGGCUGUAGUGAGACUGAGGCUAG